UAGGCUGAUUUCGCACCGGGCCCGUCUGAGCCAGUCACGUCCAGUCGCGUCGGACUCACGUUGACUCAUCUGACUGGCUUCACAUAGCAACACAAGGAAAUGUCCUAAUCUCUUUCACACUGCACGCGUCUUGCCCAGUCCAGUCAUGACUGGCCAGGACUCAUCCGGUUGAAUUUCUUGCCAGUCUUCGUGCGUCUCGCUCAUAAGUCACACGCGCUUUAAUCGGUUUCAUGUGUAACAUAUUGUUGUAAUAUGGAUGUCGAGAAACUGAUAAUUCUAGUGAGAAGUAGACGUGAAAUAUAUGACACAAAGGACCCAAACCAUCGAAAUAAAGACUACAUUGCUAGUGUUUGGAGAAGCAUAGCAGAAGAAUUACAAACAACUGAUAAGGAGGCCAGAUUUAAAUGGCAGAAUUUGAGAAGUAAUUAUAUGCGAGAAAGAAGGAAGCUGAGUACAAUACCAUCUGGUUCCGCCGCAGAUAGUUCAAAAAUAACUUGGCCCUUCUUCACCUUGCUCUCAUUUUUGGAUGUUAGUCUCAGCCACAAGAAAACAACGGGAAACGUUCCCAACACAGAAAGCGGAAGUAUGGAAGAAGAGUCGCAGCAAAAUACUGAAGAAGAAAGUCAUGAGGCUGGAGAAGAAGAGAGCCAGAAUGUUUCUAAAAUUAAUGCUACUGAAAAUUUUGAGUCACAAAAUACGAAAGAUACUUCCUCAGAGAAUAGAAAACGGAAGAAACCUGGAGCAUCUGGACAAGAUUACAUCGAUAAGAUGUACCUGAACAUGCUGGAGAAGGUGACCACUAGACGUCAAGAUGAUGAUGAUCCAGAUUUCAUGUUUCUAAAGAGUCUACUUCCUAGUAUUAAGAAACUGGGGCCCCUUGAAAAUCUAGAGUUCAGAGGGGAGGUAAUACAAUUAUUGAGACAUAAAUUAACAUCUGCGUCCCCUGUUCAGUUUCCCUCCAAUCCAUCUUCUGUUCAGUCAAGAUAUGAUCAAUAUUCUCGGUCAUCAUCAUCACCUGGGGCCUAUUCUGAGUUCUCCAUCCAGACAGAUCAGCAGGUAGUUAAUCAGCCAUUGUCUCAAACAUGUGAAUUUCAAAAUUAUCAGCUUUGAGCCAUGCCUUUAUACUUCUUUUCUCAAUAAAGAGUAACAAAUAAGCAA